CCAGUUUGGGAUAUUGUUGCUGUAACACAUACAGUAAGUGGCAUCAUAAAAAAACUGCUCCAGCCAAAAUAAACAGAAGUGGUCACAGAUCCUGAUACUUUAAUCUGCAGAUUACAGCAUGUUAAUCUGGGUCAGUUAGUCUAUUAUGGCCUGCUUUUCUGAGGGAGACACACAGGCGCUCGGUCCAGCAACGCACACUUCAGCAAAAGAGCAAUAUUAAAAUAACAUUUUAUAUUAAGAAACCAAAGUGAAGCUGCUCAUAAUUGCUGGAUUUUGCAUUAAAAUAAGUGAACAUGCUUGGAUUUUAAUGCAAAAUGAUGAAAGCUGCACACCAGGAAGGGUCUUUUACAUCAUUUGGUAGCACUAUAUAAUAGGAAGUAAUUUGUAAAUUAUAACUUCUAGUGAGUAAUCAACAAUAAGGGAACAAAUAUCAACAAAUGCAUGUGUUUCGUGUAAAAUUUCUGUCAUAUAUAAGCUUGUAUUUUGUCUUUAGAAGGCCAUAUUCAUAAAUUCACGAUACUUUCUUCUUCAAACUGACCAAACUGGGUGUGGAUAUAGAGAGAGGAGCCUGGUUAGAUUUGCCCUCCACCAAUUCCCAACUAGACACUCCGCUGUAAUUCCAGCUAAUGCGGAUAAUGUCCAGGACACAUUGCGCACGGUGCGCGCUGCCGGCGACGCGCAGCCCUCCUUGGAUUUGGAGGCGGCUCGUUGCACCCACCGGCGCUGAGAUUAUGUGGUCAGAGUUGGUGACUAUCUGCAGGUAGAACAUGUAGUUUGACUUCUUUCUUCUCUUUCUGAACCAUCUUCUCAGCCGAAAUGGUGAUUUUUCGCAGAUUCCUAAGCGCCAAAUGAGACCUUGGUUGGAUUAAUUUAGAGGACGGAAGCAGAUGAUGAGAGUCGAAGGUGAAUUUCAGGUGGGUUUUCGGUACUUUGCAGCAGGUCUCUCUAACCAAUCAGUCGGUCUGAGGAGAGUCUGAGGUUUCUGCUCUGAAAUGGACUCGUACGGAUCUUCCCUGGAUCGCAGCCAGUCGCUGGCCAGCGGCCUGGAGAAAACCUCGCCCACGUGGAACAAACCCACCCACUCCAGGAGCAGCAGCACUCUGUCGUCUCGUCACUCCAGACAGGUGAUCAAAGACUGGGAGGUCGUAGAAGAUGUUCAGGUAGAAAUACACUCAGGAGGAGAACAUCCUCUGGAAAUGACGACUCCAGGAAUCUGUGAAGGAUAUCUGCUCAAGAGGAGGAAGUGGCCUCUGAAAGGCUGGCACAAGCGAUACUUCAUCUUGGAAGCAGGAAUCUUACGCUACUGCAAAAACCAACAAGAUGUGUUCAGAGGAAGAGUCCAGGGUUCUCUGGACGUCAGCCUCGCUGUCAUGUCGAUAAACAAGAAGUCCAACCGCAUUGACCUGGAUGCAGGAGACAUUCUCUAUCACAUGAAGGCAAAGAGCCACGAGCUCUUCUACAUCUGGGUAACGAAGCUCCAAGCUCACCGCUUAUUCAAGAAGAAUGAGGCGGCUCACGUUCAGAGCGGCUUCCUGCUGUCUUUGUCUAACAACACUGUGGCUGGACCGGCUCAGAGAAACGGAGAUUUGAGCCCCGCAGUGAUUUCAGAUUCAGCCGGAGCUUCAGGAGUUCUGCCUUCAGCCAACACCGCUGUCAACAGUAAAGUGUCCGCCUGGCUGCAGCAAAGCCACGAUUCAGACUCUUGUGUUCAAGAGUUGAACCGGUGUCAUUUGGAUCUUUCCGAGCUAAACCGCCUAAUCCAAAGGCUGCAGGCGCUGGAGGUCGGCCAGGCUUUUACUAACGGAGAACUGCAGCGCAUCAUCAGCAUACAGAAUCUAUCACUUGAGAAGCCGAAGAAGUCGAAGUCGGGGAAGAUGUGGGGCCACUCUCGUACGUUAUCCAGAGUGGAGGCCCUGGGAAUGCCUAUUCGUGGGAUUACUAAAUCGCUGUCCUCCAGCCACCUGAGCAGCUCGGCCCACCUCGGAGCGUCAGUGCCCUCCAUUCCCGACUACGUCUACUCUCAGCUGUCCCCUCCCACCGUCGUAUCGCCCGAAGGCAAGAAGAUCCAGCAGGACAUCUGCGCCAUGUCGCUACGAGUGCUUUCCUCCUUGAAGUCGGUGCAUGAGACUCUGUCCCAGGAGAGGCAGAAGCUGCAGGAAGCCUGGGAAUCCAACAACAUCCACCAGUCUAACACAUUAGCUGUGCCUGCAGCAGGGAGGCAUUCGGCCCACGGGCCUCCUUCAGUCGCAGAUUCAGCUGCCGAGUAUUUCGACGCCAGCGACGACAUCCUUUGUGGCAGCUCCUCAGAGAUGUCUGAGGAAUCGGGACUCAGCGAUGGAAGCACCACCAAUUCAGAGCCAGAGGAGGGACAUGUGUCGGCCACCAGGAAGUACCGUGCAAGCAUUUCCAAGACUCCCAACAGUGUCGUUCCUAAAAGCACCGGCCGGAGAACAAAACUUCCGGCUCACUGUCCUGACAACAGCCACGUAGGCCUCAUGGCCAUCCUCUACAACAACAUCGGUAAAGAUUUAGCCCGAGUGUCGAUGCCAGCGGCUCUAAAUGAACCAGUUAACCUGCUGCAGAGGCUGUGUGAGGAGCUGGAGUACAGCGACCUGCUGGAUACUGCCAACAACACCCCAGACCCCUACCAGAGGAUGGUUUACAUUGCUGCCUUUGCUAUCUCCGGUUAUUCCACUGCAACGUUCAGAAACCGCUACAAGCCCUUCAACCCGGUUCUGGGAGAAACAUUCGAGUGCAUCAGAGAGGACCGAGGUUUCCGCCUCAUCAGUGAGCAGGUCUGCCACCAUCCACCCAUCUCCGCCUGCCAUGCAGACUCAGAGAACUUCUCCUUUUGGCAAGACCAGCGAUGGAAGAAUAAAUUCUGGGGGAAGUCACUGGAAAUCGUGCCAACAGGGAUGGUGAACGUGACUCUUCCGAGGUAUGGAGACCACUACGAGUGGAACAAAGUAGUGACCUGCAUCCAUAACGUUCUCAGCCAGCAGCGAUAUCUGGAACAUUACGGAGAAGUCACCAUCCAAAACCUGAAAAACAGCGUCUGCACCUGCAAGAUCACAUUCGUCAAGUCUCGUUACUGGGGCUCAGACACGAACAAGAACGAGGUGCAGGGAACGGUGCUGGACCAAAGCGGGAGCGUCAUUCACCGGUUUGGAGGUCUGUGGCAUGAAGGCAUCUUCUGUGACACCCUGCCGACUCCCAAAUGCAUCUGGAAGCCGAAUCCCCAGCCAAAGGAUUACCUGCUCUACUAUGGCUUCUCCACCUUCGCCAUGGAGCUGAAUGAACUCACCCCAGACCUGAAGCCUCUGCUGCCCCCCACCGACAGCCGCCUGCGCCCAGACCAGAGGAUGCUGGAGGAGGGAAAAGUGGAUGAAGCCGACAUAAAGAAAGAUGAGAUAGAAGAAUAUCAGAGGGAGCGGAGAAAAGAACUCACCAAGAAGGGUGAAGAUCACGUUCCUCGUUUUUUCAAGAAAGCCAAAGACGCCUGUGGACGAGACGUGUGGUUGUCAAACGGGACGUACUGGAAGCUCAGAGAGAAUCCAGGCUUCGCCAACGUUGAAAAUAUAACUCUGUGGUGACGAGACGAGACGACAGCGGCGUGUGGACGAAACCACGUGAGAGUCAAAGAGAUCUGAAAUAUCGUCGGUGGAUGUUUUGGACAGCAUACAUGAACCGCUCUGAGCGAGUGGAGAAAGUGCUGCUGAUCUCUUCUGUGAACCCGUGACUGGAUCAUGGGAAGCUUCAACCAGCAGAAUGAACCAGUAAACACUUCAACCAGCAGAAUGAACCAGUAAACACGACUGGUGAAGAGACGUAGAGACGACUUUAACAUUUUCUAUUGCAUUUAUUUUUCUAGAUAACUUCAAUCGAACUAUAUGCAUUUAUAUAUUUUUUGAAUUUCACAGUUUGCUGCCCAACACACACUGAACAUACUGGAAGUUGAAAGGAAGUCUUUAAAAAGCUGAUUAGUGUGUUUUUUGGUAAGCAUUCAGUCAAAUCAGGUUUGACAAGAGGCAGGAUGACCAGCUGGUUUGUGAUACUUUGAUUUACUGCAACUUUGUUUGACAAAUAGCCCAAAAUCAGGUCAUAUUAACUUCAAAAACAAAGUAAAAACAGCGACAAACUCACAUAAAGUUAGCAGUGGAACCUAAGCUUUAUAGUGAGUUUGGGGUGAAUUUUUUUUUAGCUGUUUAGCUUUAGCUUUACCGACACUACAGUUUUCAGUGAAAAAAGUCACUUUAAAUUUGCUGUAAACUCCCUAACAAUGGCCAAACAUAUUUAGAGACUAGCUGGAGAAUAUAUCAGAGCAUUUAGCAGCUUAAAAGCCCGAUAUUUCCCUUAGGAGACUGGCGGAGACCAAAAAUGGAGCAAAAAGCGAGCGAAGAAUGGAUUCUCAUACUUUAAACGUAUGAAAAUUUUGCAAAGUAGAUGUGUUGCCAGCGAGAUUCCCAUAUUAAUUCAAAAUGUAAUCUAGUCUGUAUUGGGUUCAAAAUAUGUUUCUGUUGUUUCAAAUAGUCCAAAAAUUAGAUGUUGUAGUUUUAAGUAACUUUAAAUCCGGCCUUAUCAACAUAAAAUGACAAAGUAAAAACCGUGAUGAACCCACAGGUGAACUUGCAGAAGCUUUAUAGUGAGUUUUAGGUCAGUGUUUAACGGUCUUGAACGCAACUCUACCAUAUUACUUCACUGUUUUCAGUGACAAAACUCACUAAAAAGCCAGUUAGAGACUAGCUGGGGAAUGCUUCGGAGCAUUUAGCAGCUAAUACGCCUGAUAUUUUCCUCAGGAGAUGGUGGAGACCAAAAAUGAAGCAAAAAGAGAGCAGAAAAUGGAUUCACAUACUCCAAAAGCAUGAAAAUGUUGCAAAAUAGAUGUGUUUUCCAGCAAGUUUCCCCAUAUUAAAUUAAAAUGAGAUGUCUAUAUUGGGUCCACAAUGUGUUUCCGAUGCCUCAAAGUGUCUAAAGUAUUUUUUUGCAGGUUUAAUGCACUAUUGUACUAUAUAGGAAUCAUGUUGUGCACUAUGCAUGGUGCAAAUGCCUGAAUAAAUUUGACUUAGAUCAAAUUAUUAUUAACCUUGGCAGCCUGCUUCCUUGUCUACAGUUUUCGGAUGCUAAUAGCAUUUAGCUACCUGUCCAAAGGUGCUCCAGCAAUAAUCCAACCUUCUAUCUGUGGCUUUCACACUGUAAGAACUGAAUAUGAUGCUGAAUAUGACUGUUAAACUGUUGAUCAAUAUCUGCCUAAAUAUUAUGGUCAUUGCUUACAUAGAAAACUUGAUGGUGCAACAUCUAUAAAAAUUAUAUUUUAAUGUUUUUUAUUUUUUUUUUGAUCUGUAAAAAUGUAUGAAUUGUCAACAUUCAAGCAUAGACACAUAUUUAAACAAGGAGGUGAUGAUAUAUUAUACUGUAUUUUUAUGUCAUGAAUAGUGAAACGAUCAUCCAGCUGGUUGGAAACAUGCAAACUGUAUUUAUACAGUAAAAUUAAACUCUUAACAUCACAA